AUGUCCAAGAUUCUCGACAGUUUUGGCAACGACGUCGCCAAAUCACUGCGUUCCAAGAAACAACUUCGGAAACUCCUUCGCACGUCAACCAAAGCUAUUACAAAUAAGAUGUUGGGCUUGGAUGAAUCCUUGCUAGCCGAACGGCACAGAGUUACCGAAGAGUUUAAGAAACAAGUUACCUUCAUCACCGAACAAAUUGAAAACAACAUCCAAAAAGUGAAGGAGUCGGAAGAGAAGAUUACGAAAGCCCUUGUGCAAUACCAGAAGCGUCACCAGCAGCUCAUAGAAUGCAGUACCAUGAAGUUCAGGGUUUUGAGGUCAUUCUGGACUACCUACUCUGACGCAACUAAAAAGAUGGAUGCCAAGCGGACAGCUCAACAGCAGAAACUCAACUCAGAAGUCGAGGACGAAAUCCUCGACCUCCAGAAGAUUCUCGCCGACGCUCAAGAGCACGAGAUAGUCAAGAUGCGCAGCAACCUGCAGAACAUCCUGAUGUAGCGCAUUUCCGCAUUCUCUACAAGUCUAGAGGCAAAUUGGACAGUCACGUGUUAUUCAUUUCUGAUGCCGCAUAUAGCCCAACUUUGUUGUUUCGACCCAUCCGAAGCCGGGUAUUACUUUCGGUUGAAAAGACAUUGCAGUGGUAUUGUAGGAAAAGCAUGGGGCAGUGCGUACAGUUGUUGCCAGUGCAACUAAGUAAAGGCAA